CUGAUGGACACAAAGUGGGUGACCUCUGAGUUGGCGUGGACAACUCAUCCGGAGACGGGGUGGGAAGAAGUCAGCGGUUACGACGAGGCCAUGAACCCCAUCCGCACCUACCAGGUGUGCAACGUGCGGGAGGCCAACCAGAACAACUGGCUUCGCACCAAGUUCAUCCAGCGCCAGGACGUCCAGCGCGUCUACGUGGAGCUGAAGUUCACCGUGCGGGACUGCAAUAGCAUCCCCAACAUCCCCGGCUCCUGCAAAGAGACCUUCAACCUCUUCUAUUACGAGUCAGAUACAGAUUCUGCCUCUGCCAACAGCCCUUUCUGGAUGGAGAACCCCUAUAUCAAAGUGGAUACAAUUGCUCCAGAUGAGAGCUUCUCCAAGCUGGAGUCUGGCCGUGUGAACACCAAGGUGCGCAGCUUUGGCCCUCUCUCCAAGAAUGGCUUUUACUUGGCCUUCCAGGACCUGGGAGCCUGCAUGUCCCUCAUCUCUGUCCGGGCUUUCUACAAGAAAUGCUCCAACACCAUCGCUGGCUUUGCUAUUUUCCCGGAGACUUUAACAGGGGCCGAGCCCACUUCUCUGGUCAUCGCACCGGGCACCUGCAUCCCCAACGCGGUGGAGGUGUCUGUACCCCUGAAGCUGUACUGCAAUGGCGACGGCGAGUGGAUGGUACCUGUGGGAGCGUGUACAUGUGCCGCCGGAUACGAGCCAGCCAUGAAGGACACCCAGUGCCAAGCAUGUGGCCCCGGAUCCUUCAAGUCUAAGCAGGGGGAAGGUCCCUGCUCUCCCUGCCCUCCCAACAGCCGGACCACAUCUGGAGCAGCGACGGUCUGCACGUGUCGCAGCGGCUUCUUCCGUGCGGACACCGAUCCCGCAGACAGCGCCUGCACCAGCGUCCCCUCCGCCCCACGUAACGUCAUCUCCAACGUGAACGAGACGUCGCUGGUGCUGGAGUGGAGCGAGCCGCAGGACACGGGCGGGCGGGAGGACCUCCUCUACAACGUCAUCUGCAAGAAGUGCAGCGUGGAGCGGCGCCUCUGCACCCGCUGCGACGACAACGUGGAGUUCGUCCCACGUCAGCUCGGCCUCACCGAGCGGCGCAUCUACAUCAGCAACCUGAUGGCCCACACCCAGUACACCUUCGAGAUCCAGGCUGUCAACGGCAUCUCCAACAAGAGCCCCUACCCUCCUCAUUUUGCCUCUGUCAACAUCACCACCAACCAGGCAGCCCCGUCUGCCGUCCCUACUAUGCACCUGCACAGCAGCACUGGGAACAGCAUGACACUGUCAUGGACUCCUCCAGAGAGACCCAAUGGCAUCAUCCUUGACUACGAGAUUAAGUACUCGGAGAAGGGCCAGAGCGACGGCAUCGCCAACACGGUCACCAGCCAGAAGAACUCAGUGCGGCUGGAUGGGCUGAAGGCCAAUGCUCGGUACAUGGUGCAGGUCCGGGCACGCACGGUGGCUGGAUACGGCCGCUACAGCCUCCCCACGGAGUUUCAGACCACUGCGGAGGAUGGCUCCACCAGCAAGACUUUCCAGGAGCUGCCUCUCAUCGUGGGUUCAGCCACCGCAGGGCUGCUCUUCGUGAUCGUUGUGGUGAUCAUCGCCAUCGUCUGCUUCAGGUACUGGCUUUGCAGGGACGGGGGGUUCAGAGCUGGGUUUGGGGGCACGGACCCCGAGUACACAGAGAAGCUGCAGCAAUACGGUGAGUUCACCCCUGGGAUGAAGGUCUACAUUGACCCCUUCACCUACGAGGACCCCAAUGAAGCUGUCCGGGAAUUCGCCAAAGAGAUUGACAUCUCCUGCGUCAAAAUCGAGGAGGUCAUUGGAGCAGGGGAGUUCGGUGAGGUGUGCCGCGGGCGCCUGAAGUUGCCCGGCCGCCGCGAGAUCUUUGUAGCCAUCAAGACACUGAAGGUGGGCUACACAGAGCGGCAGCGGCGCGACUUCCUGAGCGAGGCCAGCAUCAUGGGCCAGUUUGACCACCCCAACAUCAUCCACCUGGAGGGCGUGGUGACCAAGAGCCGCCCCGUCAUGAUCAUCACAGAGUUCAUGGAGAACUGCGCACUCGACUCCUUCCUCCGGCUCAACGAUGGGCAGUUCACGGUCAUCCAGCUGGUGGGGAUGCUGCGAGGCAUUGCCGCCGGCAUGAAGUACCUUUCAGAGAUGAACUACGUGCACCGAGAUCUGGCUGCUCGCAACAUCCUGGUCAACAGCAACUUGGUCUGCAAAGUGUCCGACUUUGGGCUCUCUCGCUUCCUGGAGGAUGACCCAGCUGACCCCACCUACACCAGCUCCCUGGGAGGCAAGAUCCCGAUCAGAUGGACGGCUCCCGAGGCCAUUGCCUACCGCAAAUUCACUUCAGCCAGUGACGUGUGGAGCUACGGCAUCGUCAUGUGGGAAGUGAUGUCCUACGGAGAGCGGCCAUACUGGGACAUGUCCAACCAGGAUGUGAUCAAUGCGGUGGAGCAGGAUUACCGCCUGCCUCCCCCCAUGGACUGCCCCACAGCGCUGCACCAGCUGAUGCUGGACUGCUGGGUGCGGGACCGCAACCUGCGGCCCAAGUUUGCACAGAUCGUCAACACGCUGGACAAGCUGAUCCGCAAUGCUGCCAGCCUGAAAGUCAUCGCCAGCGUCCAGUCUGGCAUCUCCCAGCCGCUCCUGGACCGCACCGUCCCGGAUUACACCACCUUCACCACGGUGGGAGACUGGCUGGACGCCAUCAAAAUGGGACGGUACAAGGAGAACUUCGUCAACGCUGGCUUUGCCUCCUUCGACCUGGUGGCGCAGAUGACUGCGGAAGACCUGCUGAGGAUAGGGGUGACACUAGCAGGGCACCAGAAGAAGAUCCUGAGCAGCAUUCAGGACAUGAGGCUGCAGAUGAACCAGACGCUCCCGGUGCAGGUUUGACCACAGGGGACUCUGCAUUGGAAUGGACCGAGGGAACCUGUCCCAGCCAGGUUCAGUUUGCGGUGCAGCCCGGCUUCCCGUUGCCCCCUUCACACGGCACUCCUCUGCCUCGGACGGUCGCCUGGGAUGGGCCGGGACGGGCCGCCCUUCCCUGGAUCAGAGGCACUCAUGCCGAGAGGGAGCCCAGCUUUUCGGCCUGUGUCCUGGAGCGGCGAGGCAGCAACGCAUCUUCAUAUUGAAGAUGGAUUAUGGGACAGAGAUGGCACAUCCCGCUUCCCGCCCUGUCUCGGUGCUCAUC